AUGUCGAUUAUCACAACUUUUAUUUUAAUAAUAAUAAAAAUCGCAGAUGAAGUUGCCUUUUCACUAUAUCACACAAAUAAAUGUGUUAGAAAUCCUUCAGUUCUUUCCAUCACAAAUAUUUCGAUAACAAAUUCAUUGAUUCCAAAUUCUUCCUUCCCUAAAACACUAUAUUAUGACCGAUUGUAUAAUAACUGUUUUAUUAAAGCUGAUACAAAUCAGUAUUUUAACUCUAAAAUACAUAAAACGGACUUAUUCUCCAAUCAGAAGUUUGUUUUAGUACACUCAGAUAACACUAAUAACUCUUUUAAUCACUAUAAUGGGUUUCUUUCAUCAGAUUCUGCACACACUACUUCUGAAAUAUCAAGUAGAAAGAAAAAAGGUUCACGCAUCAAAAGCCGGCGAGCCCAAGAACCUGAAUCAGCACCUAACAAUGAAGACUUUUUCGACUAUUUUUUGAAAAAAUUCAACGAACCUGAAAAUCCAGAUGAACUGAACUGGAAACAUCCAAUGCCAUGCGCCAUUUCGCAAAUGGCUGCACUCCAAUGUGUUAAAGAACUUAUGCCACCAAGCUCUAUACACAAAUGUUUUGAAAUAACAGAUGAUACGAAACUAGACGAUAUCAUUAACACAAAACUAGGACCUUACUACAACACUCUGAGUUAUGAUAUGUUUUUCAAGUAUCAGAAAGGAUUUUAUUUCGACAUGGAUGCAGGUGAGGUUGUCAAAAGCGAAAUUAAGCCUCUGAAGAUCCAGAAACCUGUAAACGCCCCUGAGUUAGAGUGUGACAAAGCAGUUCCAACAGUACCGAUGGGAUGGAGAACGUUUGUAAUUUUAGGAUUAUUCGACACGCCCGAUUCGAAAGAGGACCCCUCAGAGUUGUGGUGUAGUACUCCUCUCACAGACGGAGAUCCACCGCCUCGUGUAUCUUCAGGUCUCUUUAAAUACGGAGAAUACUUUAAUUUCAUGGCGUCAAGGGACGCAGUGACUCCAGAAGGAUUGCUUUUAUACACAAAGGACCAAGUGCCGCCAGGAGAACAUUUUACUGGUGAGAAAGGAGAUAUGUCAAUUAUACCAUCCGGACCCCCAGAAGAACACAAAAAAAUCAGCAAAAAUACAUAUAAAUAUAUGAUAUCUGAAGACGGGAUUUGGCCAAGAAAACAUUUCGAAAAUGUAGUAGAAUCAUUGUCAUCAUUACAAGCACUCUGGGCCAGACUUUCCACAACAAUCAUUAAGUCAACGUCUAAGGUGAUACAAAUUUUCACUAUUUCAAAUAAGCUUAACGUCCAAGAAUAUUAUAAAAACCUUAAAAAGAGUCCAGUUGAAUAUAACGUAGGUGUACUAUACUUUAUGGCAGCUCCAACACUACAUCACGCUAUGGCUUUUGCGUGUAGCGACCCUGUGGCCAGAUCAAAUUUUUAUAAGAAUUUAUUGAUUUUUGAGCCUGAAGAUGUACUGAGAGAUAUGUUAACAGCUAAGAAGGAAACAGAUAUGAAUAACCCUAGGGAAUAUAUUAUACUAGGCCACUACUCAAAGGAUCAACCAUUUCAUAUGCUAAAUGAUUUAAUGGGAAGAUUUCUAGUCCGAUCAAAUUGUGUUAGAUCAUACUUUAACCUAAAGAGCCCAAGAAAAGAUAAUAUUCACGAUUUAAACAUGCCAUUAGAACAACUAUUACCUUUUAAGGAAUAUACCAGCGAGCUAUUGAAGGACAAAAGGAUAAGAAAUGCCUGUUUGAACAAGAACUACAGCACACCUCUGGGAGAUUUGUGUAUUAUUAAUAAGUUUGACUUUGACGAUGCACUGGAGUGGGCCAGAAGAAACCCAUAUACUAGAGCAGGAUGCUACGAUAGUUUGUUUGUGACAAUGGCAGAUGAAGUUGUUUUUUAUGGCGAGAACACUAAGUUUGCCCUUCCAGUUCCAAUCCCGAAGAAACUCAUACCUUCAGGACAGGAGUAUUUACCCACAAACAGAGACCCACUUAAAAUAUUAUGUGAAAGAAUGAAACAGUAUUCAGGACACGUAUUAACGGUGCCAAAUCAAAUUAAUAAAUUUAUCCCAAAGGUUAAAGAACCUGUUCAAAAUGUUAAGGAUAAUUUGAAAAGAAGAGGCGACCGUCUUUUAAUCACUGUUAAAAAGUCAGUAUUAAACCACUUUACAAGUGAGAAUAUCUCAAGAUUGGUUUCGUCUUCCCUUAAGGAGAAUACUGAGUAUAAACUUCACAAGAGUAGUAAAUACUCCUUAGUCUUUCCUUCAACGGAAACAAUUACAGAGAGUAACAAGUUAUGUGAUGUUCAAACUUUCCCAUAUGCUCCAUUCACUCUGGAUUUGUUGAUAAAAUCGCUUGAGGAAAAUGCACCCCGGGAACUUGAUAAACCAUUUUAUGCAAGAUUUCUACAGGAUUAUGUUUAUUUUUCGCUCCCUGAGGGUCAUUUUUUCGAGCCGAAUUAUAAAUACGAUAACAAAAGGUUCAACACUGGACGUCGAGGUGAAUUUGAAACCAAUGUGGGUGCUGAGCAGAUGCUUCUAUUGGACGAGUACAAAAUCGAACCAAUGACAGGCUUUUGGGCUAGAAAAGGCGACUAUUACAUAUUCAAUAACAACGACCACCUUGUUAUAGCCCCAAAUAGAUCAAACACCGGCAAGGAAAUUGAUCCCAAGUUAUUGAAGAGUAUACUGAUACAGGACGAGGUUUUCGCAGAUAUUGUAAGAAAGGGUGGAACUAAAGAAAGAGUUGAUGUAUCAAAUUCCUACAGUAAGUAUGAUGGAAGACUUAUAUGUCACUUGACUGAUGAGGAGAGAAUGAAAACAGCUUAUACUGUCUCUCCUAUGAAUAAAAUUUAUUACGAUUUCGGUAAAAAAGAUCAACUACCAUAUUGCAGGUAUUUUGAAAGGCCAAUUGCUUAUGGUGAUAACCACCCAAAAACUUUGAUGCGCUAUUAUCCCUAUGAACUGUACCAAAUCCAGCUUGAAUUUAUGGAAAAACUUGAUAAGGGUCAUGUAUCGAUUUCUGAGGACCCUCUGAAAAAGCUGGCUAAAGGUAGCUUUAAUGCUCCCGUUAAAGAACAUAGUGUUUCUACUUGGGAGGAGCCUGACGUUAACCUGCUUAAGGAACACCCUCCUUCUGAAGCUCCUCGUGAUGCCUAUGAUCUCUAUAGAAGAUGUAGACGCCACAGACACUUAAAAGUCUAA